AAUUAUCCCAUUAUUUUAUCUCACCUUCAAGAGACCAGUUAUUCCUCAGCAAUGGGAUAGUAAUGGUGGUACAAAUUAUGGGAUCAUCAAUCUCCUUAUCAUCAUCACCUCCAAUCUGGUGGGUCCAAUUCAUCCAGGCGGGACCCACACCCACCACCACCAGAGCCGCUUCUCUCCGCCUCAGCUUCCUCCUCCACUCCUCCUUCAAGAAUCUCUCUCAUAUCUGUCAUGUGCCUAGAUUGAAGGAUUUGUGGUGCGAAAAAACGUCGGCUUUAAAGGGAAUCAAUUUUCUUGAAGUUCCGAAUGACAUACUUGCAUCCACAAGCUCACAUUGCUUGUCUUUCUUCAAUGGCGGAGAAACUGGAAUGGGCGGUGGAAUACAGGGAGCAUCACACUCUGAGAUGUCUAGAAGAAAUCCAUUCGAUGGAAGGAAGUUGACGAGUAUUCUUCUUGCUAUUAAUGUUCUAGUUUUUGCUGCUCAAUUUGCUACACAGGGAAAGCUGUUACUAUGGGGAGCUAAGGUUAAUAAUCUCAUUGACAAGGGACAAUUUUGGAGGCUGGUUACGUCCAGCUUUUUGCAUGCAAAUAUCGGUCACCUCAUGAUUAAUAGUUAUUCCUUGAAUUCUGUCGGGCCUACCAUUGAGAACCUUUGUGGUCCAAGGAGAUUUCUAGCUAUUUACUUUACCUCUGCAAUUACUAGUUCAGCCACAAGUUAUUGGCUCAACAAAGCACCUGCAGUCGGCGCCUCAGGUGCAAUCUUUGGAUUAGUUGGAGCUCUUGCUGUGUUUGUCAUGAGACAUAGAGGCAUGAUCAAUGGCGGAAAGGAGGAACUACAGAACAUAGCACAAGUGAUCUUACUAAACAUGGCUAUUGGCACAAUGUCUAGAGGCAUUGAUAAUUGGGGACAUAUAGGAGGUUUGCUUGGCGGAGUUGCUACGUCAUGGUUUGUCGGACCUGCAUGGAACUAUAAAUCAUUAGCUAAAGAUGGUCGAAGAAUUUUUGUUGAUGGGGCGCCAAUUCAUAACCUUCUCAACAGAAAGGGGAGGCCAAGGCCCCUUAGUUGAAUUGUUCAUUUUCUUGUAAAGCACACUAGUCUCAAUAACUUCUGCUUACUUUGUAAUUGAAAGUAAUUCCGGUUCACUGUAAAAGAUGAAUAAUCAUAAGGAAUAAUAACUUGAAUAGUAUAAUUCUCCCAUCAAUUUUUUUUUA